AUGUCUGGCGCGACACCACAAUAUGAGGAGCGUGGGGGGAUAUUACGCAGUAUCCACGCUCCCUUCGACACCACAAUGAAUGCGGACGACGAGCCCGCUCACAAUCCCACAGCUUCUACCUCCACUUCAAUAACAGAGCACGACUACCGUUUCCCACGCAGACCGGAGCAGCAACAAGAGCAUUCGCAUGACAACCUCCCGACGUCGGACUCGACUUUUCCCCAGCUCGAUUCUUCAAACGCGAACUCCAUGGGCGCCAGCGCGCUAGACAACUUGGACUUCUCGUCGGAAAGCAAUGCGCGCAAAGACUUGCUGCGCGAGAGCUUCUUUCCAUCAUGGAAGGACGAUGCUGCGGGGGAGGAGCUGGACAGUCCCGACGAAAUGCAGAGGAAAGACCCAUUGGCGACGCAGAUAUGGAGGCUAUACAGCAAGACGAAGAAGCAAUUGCCUAACCAGGAGCGUAUGGAGAAUCUUACCUGGCGCAUGAUGGCAAUGAGUCUGCGAAAACGCAAACAGCAAGAGGAAGCUGCGCGUCUAGCUAAGAAAGCACCCACGAGUACACCAAGCGGCAUUGCCCAGUUGCGAAAGUCUUCAGACCAGCGAAUUGCCCAAAGUGCAGAGAGCUCCGAGGCGAUGAACUUGGACGAUUAUAUAUUUUCUGACAAUGUUUCUACACCCCUCGGAUUCGGGAUGUCUCCUUCUCCUGAGGUAAGUAAGAAAGAAGCAGAGAAAACCAAUCACGCUGUUGCAUCGGCGAUACCGAUUAAGAUGCGCAAAGAAACGUCUCAAUUCGCAGUACCUCAAUCCGUCCCGGUUCCCCACCACAAUCCUCGCCACAACGAAGAAUUUAAUUAUGUACAAAGACAUGUUCGUAAGACGAGCAUCGAUGAAAGACGCGCUCGGAAACGGCCUGCCGACUUCUCUCCUCAAGUACCUCCCACCAACACGAUAAUGAUACCAAGUGAUGAUUCAGAUUUGAACGAUUACUCGCUGGAUCAGCCGCAUCACCCUGAUAUGGCACAGCAUAAUAACCCCCACAUCCCUUACCACCUCGAUACCUUUAACAUGGAGCACGAUCCCAUUAUCACAUCCGCGGGACCAUUUCAGCAAAGCUUCAACUUUUCCCCCUCCCACUCACCACUUGUCCAGCAUGGACCCUUUUCCGCCAUGUAUAAUAACUCCUCGAUGCCCUCUUCGUCCCUGAACUCGAAUGAUUAUUAUUCGCCUCCGGGAAGUGCUUAUCCAUCCGCUGUUUCUACCCCUCAGCCAAUACCGGAGGGCGAGCAGAUAUACUUCCAAAACCAUGGAAUGGACAUUCGACCUCAGCGACAGCAUGCAUUUAGCCAUGGUCCUUCCAGUCUGUCUAAUUCUAUGCAGCCACACUACAUGUACAAUGCUUCCGGUGGUUCAAUGUUCACGGCUGUAUCUAGUCCAGCACCUCAGAACAACUCGUACACUGCUCCAGGUCAAUUCAGCAUGACACAGCAUAUUAAUCCUUCUCAAGUCUUCCAAACAGAUCACCCGGUACGCUCUCCGGGCGUUCAUAUGGGUGGCCAUGAGAAUAUGUUUAGUUUUGGAGCCGAUUCCGACAACGAAGACGAUGAAGGAGCUGCGUUUGCUGAUAGGACCUUAAUGAUGCAGCACGAGUUCGCACAGUCGCCAAUGGAUGACCCACAGAUGGAUUCCAUGGGACCAGGUGGAACCUUGCAAUGGGAUGCUACUUUACCGGGACAAUUCAACACUCAAGCUGCUCGAUAUCCAGGUGGUCCACCAAGAAAGCAGGUCACGAUUGGCGGAACCGCAGAUAUGGGUGGCUCGCCAUUGGAGUGGGAUGGUUCUGGUGGUUCUCUAGGACGAAACCAUGCCUCUGCACAAUCCAUUGCUGACAAUCGAAGAAAUGGGAGUGACAGAAGGCAAAAGAUUCCACGAACCGCUUCAACACCAAAUGCGGCAUUAAUGGGUCAGCGAGCGAAUAACCCCUUUGAUCACAUGGCACACUCGAACCCGAAUUCGCCACCAGACGCAAACAACAUGUCGGGCUUUUCCUCGGUUGCUCCGAGUCGACCGUCUUCUCCGGGUGGUUCUAAACACGGUUCGACGACGAACCUUGCCGGGGCUGCCGCGGGCGAAAAUGGCGUUCCAACGACAUGCACAAACUGCUUUACUCAGACAACUCCUCUGUGGAGACGAAACCCCGAAGGACACCCGCUAUGCAAUGCUUGUGGUCUUUUCUUGAAGCUCCAUGGCGUUGUUCGUCCGCUUUCCUUGAAAACAGAUGUUAUCAAGAAGCGAAAUCGUGGAUCUGGGGCUUCUAUGCCAGUUACCGGAUCCGGCGGUACAUCCACGAGAGCCUCCAAAAAACUAGGCACUGCGCCUAUGAGUAGUAUGCCGAGCACAAGAAAGAACUCAGUCGUCGCCAUCAACACUGCACCUGCUACCCAAGCAACUACCCCAACCAGUGUCCGAGCCAGAAGUGUCAACGAAAGUCAGAGCCCACAAUCCGUGACAGGGUCAACUGGAAACGGUGGUAGUACCGCAGGCAGUACGCCAACUUCUUACCAUGGUUCAGCGGGCUCAGCUUCUGGCACUGGCGCCAGUGGAGCAAAAACUGUUGUUCCGAUAGCCGCAGCACCACCGAAAGCAACUCCUGGCCCAGGCGCGUCUUCCACUGGCCCUCGAACAAAUGUAAGCGUUGCUCCUAAGAGACAGAGACGACACAGCAAGAGCGUAAGCGCCAUCGAAAGCAUGGACAUCGAUUCCCCCGAGAACUCAACAGGAUCGAACGAAGCGGCCAAAUCUCUAGGAAUGGGGAUGAUGAAUUCUGGAGGUAGCCUGACAAACAUGGGUUUAGCAAAUGGAUUCGGAAUGACUACUCGACCGAUGGUACCAGGAAGCAUGGGAAUGACUGGUAUGGGCGGACCUCCCACGGGAUUGGGAAUGCCCGGCCAGAAUGGCGUUGGUGGUGCUGGUUCCGGUCCUCAGGAGUGGGAAUGGCUUACCAUGAGUUUGUGA